AUGACCGAAGUAUCAGGAAGUGUCGAUAGUAUUCCUGUUGAGAUACAAGCAGAGAUCGAUCAGCUUUAUCAGGAAGUUCCUAACUUAACCAACGAAUAUGAACUGAUAGAUAAGAUUGGUGAAGGUACAUUUUCGUCAGUAUAUAAGGCUAAAGAUUUAAAAGGAAGAGUAACUGAUAAAUUUUCUUCACAUUUUUGGUCUAUGGACUCCAAAUACGUUGCAUUAAAAAAGAUAUAUGUCACUUCCUCUCCUCAAAGAAUAUAUAAUGAAUUGAACCUGCUUUAUAUAUUGACGGGAAAUCCAAGAGUUGCUCCUUUGUGUGACGCUACGAGAUUUCAAGACCAAGUAAUAGCCAUAUUACCAUACUAUCCGCAUGAAGAAUUUAGAGUGUUCUACAGAGAUCUUCCUAUUAAAGGCAUCAAAAAGUAUAUAUGGGAACUAUUACAAGCAUUAAAUUUUGUACAUUCAAAAGGUAUCAUCCACAGAGACAUUAAACCAACGAAUUUUUUAUACAAUCCUGAGUUAGGUAAAGGUGUGUUGGUAGAUUUUGGUUUAGCCGAAGUGCAAUACAAUUAUAUAGAGGAUAAUGAAACUGACGUGGAGGAAAUUAACUCUGUAUUAAUGAAAGAAAAUAGGCAUAACGAACAAUUUUGCCCUUGCAUAGUUAGAGGUACUUCAAAUGCAGAUGGCCAUAUAGCAUCAGGUCCAAUGGUUACAAUCCAAAAUGGUAAAGUUCUUCAUCUCAAUAAUGUGAAUGGUUUGGAUCUUACUAAAGGGUAUCCAAAGUAUGAAGCACGCAGAGUUAAGAGAGCAAACAGAGCAGGUACACGUGGGUUUCGUGCACCUGAAGUUUUAAUGAAAUGUGGUUCCCAAACCACUAAAAUUGAUAUAUGGUCCGUAGGAGUGAUAUUAUUGAGUUUAUUAGCUAGAAGAUUCCCAAUGUUUCAAAGCUUAGAUGAUACAGAUUCAUUAUUAGAAUUAUGCACAAUAUUUGGGUCGAAGAAAUUAAAGAAAUGUGCCAAUAUACAUGGUUUGGGGUUUGAAAUACAUGGCUUACAAGAUAUAAAAGAAGAUGGGUAUAAAGAUGGACUUAAGGGAUUCGUGUAUGAUUUAUUAAACAAAGAAUGCGAAGGUGGUACUUUACCUGAAUACAGUGUUGCAUUUGAGACACAUGUUUAUCUUGCUCAAGAAUUAUAUGAUACAGUAUCGAUUGAACCAAAAUUACCUGCAAUUGAAGAUUAUAUAAAUAGAUCCAAAAGUUACGAACUGAAGAAAUAUCAAGAAGAAAUCUGGACAGAUCAUUUCUGGUGCUUCCAAGUACUAAAUCAAUGUUUUGAAAUGGAUCCACAGAAACGUAGUUCAACGUCAGAGUUGUUGCAAAAUACAUUUUUCAAUGAAUUAAAUGAAGUUGAUUAUUUAGUACCUAGUGAGGCCACUGAUGAGGAUGCAGCAAACUCUGACGAAACAGAAUUUGAAGAUGAUGACGUACUGUUAUUGUCAGAUUGA